AUGGAAAUGGUGAAAAAUAGAACAGCCAGGGUAGUGGAGCUUAACCAAAUGGAGGAAAGCAUCCUCAAACAAAAGGCAAAAAUAGAUUGGCUCAAGUUGGGUGAUGGAAACAAUUCCUUCUUCCAUAAUUCUAUCAAGGAGAGGAAUAAACACAAUAACAUGAGCACUCUGACAUCUCUCAAUGGUGAGCUGCUGAGCAACAAGAAUGACAUCAGCAAUGAAAUCCUGAAUUUUUACACAGGGCUGGUAGGAACUGCUGCUAAUAGUAUAGAAGGGAUUGACCAACCCUGCAUUCUGAGAGGUAAUACUAUAUCCAGGGAGGAGGCUCUGGAUUUGAUUACUCCUAUUGCAGAGCAUGAAAUCUGGGAAGCUUUGGCGGGCAUUGGAAAUACCAAGGCACCUGGGAUUGAUGGGUUUAACUCCUACUUUUUUAAGGAUGCCUGGGAGAUCAUUAAACUGGAUGUUAUUGAGGCAAUCCAGGAAUUCUUCAGAAUUGGAAAGAUGCAUAAAGCUAUGAAUUGUUCUAUCAUUACUCUCAUUCCAAAAUCUGGGGAAGCUGCUACUAUCAAAGACUAG